CUUCAACUUUCUUCAACUUUGGAAACGGCAAUUUUUUUUUACUUCCACGAAGAAGGCGACAGGUCGACAACCACAGAACCACAUCAUUGUGACAGCCUUUCUUUCUCUCUGCUAAAGAAAAGAAAACAAGGAUAUCAUAUUGGAUUACUGUGGUAGAGGUGUUGUUGAACCAUUUCAAAAGUUUGUGUGAAAGGAACGAUCUGAGAGCAACAUGAAGUUUGGAAUUUCGCUGCAGCUCUUGCUGCUGGGCAGAGCCUCAAUGGCAUUUUUGCAACAUCCCACCAAUACAUGUGCAAGAUAUUCAUCAUCGGUCCCCGCGUUCUUCAUGGCAGGAGGAGAUGGCAGCGACACGGAAUGGGCCAAAGCCUUGCAAGAAAGUUCUGGAAUGAUUCCCGGUCAAUUUGAAACGGACAUGAAAAUGAAGGGUCUCCUGGGUCCCAAGAAAGGUCAGGGGGAUCCCAAAGUCACGGCCAACUCCAAUCUGGUCCAAUGGCUCGAAGAGGAAGGAGAUGUGUACCUUAGCGAACAAUCCUCCUGGGGAGAAGCUCCUCAUCCCAUGGCCAUUUCCACGGAAACCAAAGAUGAAAUCACCAAUGAAUCGUCGGGACGAGGAUUGUUGGCUCGCAAGGAUAUCAACGAUGGAGAUGAGCUCCUCCGCGUCCCCAUAAAUCUGUGCUUGACCAAGGCAUCGGCACGAAAGGCAUUGGGGAAGGAUGCCCUACCGGAAGAUAUCAACGAAUACUUGGCGGUUGCCUGUCAACUCAUUCACGAACGAACCUCGGAAAACUCCUUUUGGAAGCCCUACUUGGGGGUCCUCCCAGAGGUCGACGAAGUCAAUCCCACCUUUACUUGGUCCGAUGAAGACUUGAAUUUCCUCAAUGGGUCGCCCGUCGUGGCAGCCACCAAGAGUUUGCAAAUGAAAUUGGAACGAGAGUACCAAGCUUUGUUCGAAGGAGAAGAGGGAUUAUUCGCAAAAUUCCCAGACCGAUUCCCGAAAGAGCGCUUUACCUAUGACAACUGGCUCUGGGCGUUUACCAAUCUCUUUUCUCGGGCCAUUCGAUUGCGAAGUCUCAAACAGGGAGAGACACUUGCCAUGGUACCCUAUGCCGAUUUGAUCAAUCAUUCUCCAUUUUCACAAGCCUACAUUGAUGCCAGGGAAAAUGGAGAUUGGCUAUUCAAAACGGGCGAUGAAGAAGUCAUUCUCUUUGCGGAUCGAGGUUACAGAAGAAUGGAACAGAUCUACAUCUCGUACGGACCCAAAUCCAAUGCCGAACUCCUCCUGCUGUAUGGAUUUGCCGUCGAGAGGAAUCCCUUCAAUUCCGUGGAUGUCACUGUGUCGAUUGCCCCUCGAACUGCCUCGUUCGUCAAAGAGUUGAACGAUGCAAACAUUCCAGUCGAUCCGCUAGCGGAGGAAAAGGUAGAGUUUCUCUCGUCGGUGGGACGCGACAAAACGGUAGAUUUCCCCUGCUACGCCGAUCGAUACCCAGUGGAAAUGUUGGAAUUCUUACGGCUGAUGCAAAUGACGCCGGAUGAUACUCGAGGCAAACCAUUGGCGGACUUUGAUUACUCGCGUACUAUUUCGACGGCCAAUGAGGCGGCAGUCUUGACAUCGGUGAUUGACGCCGUGAAACGACAACUCAGCAAGUAUCCCAAUACCGAAGAUCAGGAUGCUGCCAUGAUCAAAGACAAGAGCUUGUUCCGACUGCUCUCGUACAAUCAGCGCAUGGCGGUGAGGCAUCGUCGUAACGAGAAGAGGCUGUUGAAACGAACCAUUGCCGCACUAGAGAAACAGAUUCUGGUGCAAGGUUUGGAUACGGAGGAGCUCACUCGUGCAGAGGGAAGCACUCUGGGCCAAGUGCUUCCUGGUGACAUGGAGAAGUACGGAAUGAAACAAAAGACUGCUUUGGAAGAUCGCCUCGAGAAGAUGGGUUUGCCGAUAGACUUGCGUUAGAUGGUUCUGUUUAUCUCUCUCACUGUAAAUAUAUGUACAUAGCCAAACUCCGUCGCGAUGAGAG